CUGAUGAUGCCGUCACUUCUCCACAGCACACGAGCCGUGCCAGAGUCGGUUCAUCCGAGAAUCCACUCCGAGUCUCUCCCCUUGAGAAACCACUUUCGAUACCUCGCCCCAGAUUUUCUUAAACUUCCUCAUUCCUCAGCUGCACCUUUGCCUGCCACUCCACCGCGCCUCCUGGUCCAGCUAUAAAAACGGAGCCACCGUCAACACCAGCGAGCUGUUCGCCUUGAACAUUGGUGGUUAUUGUAUCAGUUUCCGUUUGCAAAUCUAAGAAGACGAUGGCCCUCUGUCCGAGAUCCAGCCACCCACUGCUACUGCUGCUGCUGCUUCAGCAGCAACUGUUGGUGUCAACGACGACCGCCACCAAAGAUAGCGACCAUGGCGCCGAAUUGUUUCAGCAGGAAAUGUUGAUUUCAAUGACGGCCGCGGCCACAGAUAGUGGCCGUGGCGCUGAGCAGGACGUGGGAAGGUGCUGCACAGGCAUGCCGGGCAUACCGGGGAACCACGGGAUCCCAGGAAACCCAGGUCCGAUCGGUCCUCUUGGGCGAGAUGGACGGGACGGACAUGACGGCCAGCCUGGCAAGAACGGCAAGAAAGGAGACCGGGGGGAUGAUGGCGUGCAAGGGGACAAAGGGAGCGCAGGAGAGACCGGGUUUCCUGGAAAAAUGGGGCCGAUGGGUCCCGCUGGAGAGAGAGGGGAUCGUGGACCUCAGGGAGAAAAGGGAGACAAAGGAGAAGUCCCGGCUGCCACCCCCAGAUCCGCAUUCACCGUGGGUCUGUCUGUAUCGAACCCUCGCAGCGGAUCCCCUAUAACAUUCAGCAAGGCCAUGUACAAAGAGCAGAAUCAUUACAACACGUUAACCGGCAAGUUCACUUGCCAUUUCCCGGGCGUCUAUUACUUUGACUACCAUCUCACCGGUGGAAGUGGCACCGUCCGGGUCUCCCUGAGACGCAAUGGACAAGCAGUUCAGUUUAAAUAUUCCUCCGUCUCGGGCCAUUACAGCUUGUCAGGCUCUUCAGUUUUGCGUUUGACAAAGGGUGAUGAAGUGUGGCUACAAACAGAAAGUUCCCACAUUAAGGUUUACACAGAUUCGAGCACCGACAGCACUUUUUCAGGUUUCCUACUGUACCCCGACCUGCCCUUAUAAAACACAUUUCGUGCUCAGAAAGAUAACAUACGAAUUGUCUCAAUAAUAUUAUGUAUUUUCAUGAUCACAAUGAUGAGGAAAUGUAUAAUUGAUUCGUAAAUGGUUGUUUGAAUGUUUUUUUUGUUAAGGAAACUUGUCACCACAGACAGAAGAGUAUAACUUCACUCGAGCUAUGUAACAGUACAUUUAACAAACCACAUAUUUCAUAAUUCGCAGACCACGAAUGGUUAACGUUUGUUAUACCAAGGCAAUUCUGCUUCAGAGAAAGGACAAAUCUCGUAUUUGUUUAUAUAUUUUAUUAAACUUAAUGUGUCUUGAACGGUCAGAAGAGUUGAUUUUAUGUACAGGUGAAAUGGCAUGGUAUACUUAACUGAUUUUAAUGUAACAAUUUUAGAUAGCACAUUUACAAAUAACAACUGUUUAAAAUUGGUAAAUGAUUUAACACAUUUCCCCACGUAUUAAGGAAACAAUAAAGCAUAUAUUCAUGCCAAUAUGUGUUCAGCACUGCUUAUUUAAGUACUGCAAGAACAACAAGAAAGCCGAGACCUCUUUUCAGUGUUUCCAUCAUUAAGAUUCAGGCCUUUGUAGCCUGGUGCUCUGAGAAAGAGUGAAUCCCACAUCGUGUAAUUUUGCAUGGGUCAUGAGGUCUAUUGCAGAAGUUGUCCACAAAGGGCUCUCUCUGCCAAAAGACGAGGGGCCUGAUUACAGAAAAAACGGCAUACAUCCUCUCAGGCAAA